AAAACGCUUGCAUUAGGUACAAGAUGUUGCGCAUGUGUAUAACGCAGAGAGAUUAAAUGAACUUUCAGUUAAAAGUAGACUUGAAUGGCUGCAUUGUUUCUUCGUCUGCUUCUUUUUCUUUCUUUCAUAACAACUUUCGUCGCGCGUCUAAAUCGCUGUAAUAGAAAUAAAAGCUAAUGUUAUUGUUUUUAAUUCAUCUCUUCGAGCCGUGUAUUAGUUGUGCAAAAAUAAAUAAAAAAUAAAAGGCAAAGAAAACGUCAAGAAUUCAUUAAAAUAUGAAUUAGAUGGAAUUUCAGUUUACUUAAUAACUCAGUUAUAUAUAUGCACAUACACUUAUAAGAAAGUCAAGUAACAACAAAUUAAACCAAACCAAGCCAGCAAAUCAUCUUUGCUUUGAAUUCGUAGCCUGUGAAAAGGGAACAAAAGAAAUGAUAAUGACGAACAACAACAGAAAACUUCACUAAAAAGCAAACAACAAAAAAUCCAAAACAUAGAAAUAAUAAUGAAUAAAUAUACGUAUAUAACGGCAUCAAUAGAGUGAAAUGUUUGUGUAAAUAUUCACGAAAAAAACCACAAAAAGAAAAAAACGGUGCCAAAUCGGUAUAAAUUAAAUCGUCUACCAUUUCAUUUUCACUGUGCGUCCGUCUUAAAGUAAGCUAUUCCGCCAGAGAAUUUUAAUGAGAAAAAAUUUUUUUUCAAAACUUAUUAUAUCCAGAAUCAAGUGAAGCGAAUAUACUCCUCCCCUUCAAGAUACCAUCACAACCAUCACAACGUUAAGAUGUUUUUUCCCGAUUGCAAACAACGACAUCAACACAUACCACAGCAACGAACAAGUCUCCAUCGUAAUGUAUUUCUAUUGCUGUUGCUCUACUUGUCACAAAUCAAGGCAUGGCGACCAUGUCCAGAAUUGAGUCCAGCAUUGCGUAUACCCUGCAGAUGCAACGUCGUGGCAUUCAGCACAACGGGACAAUUAGGUGCAGUGGCAAUGGAUUGUGAUCGAGUGGUAUUUCAUGGUGAAGCUCCUCAACUACCAUACGGUGCCCCUAUAGUCUCUUAUUCGCAACGUUAUAGUGGCCAGCAAGUCUUACCAUCGCAGCAUUUUGGUACUUUAAAGUUGCCGAUGGAGGAGCUGGAUUUAUCGUAUAACCUGAUAAGACGCUUGCCAGAAAAAUCGUUUGUCGGCCUUAAAGAAAGUCUAACCGUUUUGCGUUUAUCUAACAAUCUUUUAGGCGAUAGCUUAAAUCCAAUAUUUUCCUCAGCAGAACUUCAUCCGUUGAAAAAUUUAAAAACUUUAGAUUUAUCGGCCAAUAAAAUCAAAUCGAUCGAAGAAGGUUUACUAAAAGGUUGCGUCGAUUUGAAGGAAUUUUAUGUGGAUCGUAAUAGUCUUACCGUGGUCCCGUCUCACUCUUUAAAUGGACCUUCAGCACUAAGGCAUCUUUCCCUACGACAUAACUAUAUAACAAUCUUACGAUAUGAGUCUUUUAUUGCUCAGCCGCAGCUGGAAAUUAUCGAUUUACGCUAUAACGAUAUUAAAAAUAUCGAAGGUUUAGCAUUCAAAGGUUUGCGUAAAAUCAAGGAAAUCAAGUUGGCCGGUAAUCGGAUCACAAAUUUAAAUAGCGAUGUUUUCGAAAAUUUACCGACUUUACAAAAAUUGGAUUUAUCUGAGAAUUUCAUCCCGAAAUUUCCAAUCGUUUCUUUGAAUGCCAUCAGCAAUUUGAAAGCAUUGAAUUUAUCAUCGAAUAUGUUGCAACGUUUGGAUUACAGUCAUUUGGAAGUGGUGCGUUCGUUAGAAAUAUUAGAUUUAAGUCGUAAUGGUAUUACGACAAUUCCACCAGGAACAUUCCGAGAUCUGACAGCCUUAAGAUAUUUGGAUUUGAGUCUAAAUUCACUGAGAACGAUCGAAGAUGACGCCUUGGAGGGUUUACAAAAUCUACAAACGUUAAUUAUACGUGAUAAUAAUAUCUUGUUGUUACCGGGCAGUGCAUUGGGACGUUUAACGCAUUUGAAUUCAUUGCAUUUGGACUUUAAUCGCGUGGCCGCCUUAUCAUCGGAAAUUCUCGGUUCAAUACAAGCCUCGGAUAUAACUACAUUAACUUUAUCCCGCAAUGUUAUACGGGAAUUACCAGCGGGUAGUUUUCACAUGUUCAACAAUUUACAUUCUUUGGAUUUGUCUGGCAAUUCUUUGGCUACAUUAAGCGCGGAUAUAUUUAUGGGUUUGGAGACAUCCUUGAAUGAAUUGAAAUUAGGACAAAAUCGUUUAACGGCCUUGGGAAAUACACCCUUAUCACUGUCAGAAUUGCGUAGUUUGGAUUUAAGCAGAAACACUUUAGCGGAAUUACCCCGUAAUAUAUUUGAAGGCUUGGAAAAUCUUCAAUAUCUAAACUUAAGCGGUAAUCAUCAUUUGUCCCCGAUAUCUGCUUCGCUAAUUAAACCUCUAUUGCGAUUACAAAUUGUGGACUUGAGUCAUUGUGCUCUCAAGCAAUUAUCUGGUGAUUUAUUUGCCGCCUUACAAGACUUAAAACAUGUCUACUUGAACAAGAAUAAUUUGCAAGAAAUUAAUGAUGGGAGUUUUGUAGACCUAUGGAACAUCAGUACCAUCGAUUUGUCACAUAAUCAAAUUACGUCGAUAAGACCGGGAGCAUUUGUAAAUGUCAUGCAUUUGAAAAGACUGAAUUUACGGGGAAAUCAAUUAUCAGCUUUCAAGGGUGAAUUCUUUAAUACCGGUACCGGCAUGGAGGAACUUGAUAUAUCAUUGAAUCAUCUCAGUUACUUAUUUCCCUCCUCAUUCCGUAUACAUCCUCGUUUGCGAAUCAUUUUGGCCGCCCAUAACAAAUUCAGUUUUUUCCCGGCUGAGUUAAUAUCAUCGUUACAGUAUUUAGAGCAAAUCGAUUUGUCCUAUAAUCAAUUGAAAACCAUUGAAGAAUUGGAUUUUGCCCGCUUACCUCGCUUAAGAGUGCUAAUGGUAGCCCACAAUCAACUGGAUAUGUUAAGUGAAAUGGCUUUUCACAAUUCUACACAAUUGCAAGUAUUGGACUUAUCUCACAACAGCCUUGAUCGUAUUGGCGAACGUACCUUUGAGGGAUUAGUAAGACUCGAGCUAUUGAAUCUCGAACAUAAUUUAUUAAACGAACUUUCCGAUACGGUUUUUGAACGCUCGAAAUUGCAAAUGCUCGAGAAUAUCAAUUUGGCUGGCAAUGAAUUCGAAUACGCACCGCUCAAAGCUUUGCAACGCCAGUACUUUUUCAUUUCAUCGGUUAAAUUAAGUCAUAAUAAGAUUAAGCUUAUACCCGCUGAUGACAGUAUGAUGGUAAAUAUAAAAAAUUUAGAUUUAUCUUAUAAUCCUCUUUCGGAAGAAGCGGUCAGCAAUAUUCUAAAUGAACCCAAAACUGUAAGAGAAUUGAAUUUGGCUGCUACGGGUAUAGAGCAUUUGGAACCUUUAGAAACGCCGUUCCUGCAAUACUUGAACCUGUCGCAUAACAGAUUAAAAUCCAUAGAAGCUGAAAUCUUUCAGCGCACAACGUUGCUCGAAACAUUAGAUUUAUCCGGUAAUCAAUUAGAAAAUUUAUCCGACUUAACUGCAGCUUGGCCGAAAUUACAAGUUUUACAUCACUUGGAUUUAUCGAAUAACAGUUUCGAUGUUAUAGCUCAGGGCAAUUUCCAGCACCUCGAAAUGUUGAAAACCUUGAAGUUAAAAGACUUACCUAAAUGUAAUCGAAUCGAGAAAAACGCUUUUCGUCAUAUGCCGAACUUGGCCCGAUUGGAAGCUUACAAUCUUCCUCUAUUGGGCUACUUGGAUUUACAAGGCAUUUUAGGUUUACUGCCCGGUUUGGAAUAUUUCGAUAUCGAAGUUAAAGAUUCGGCGAUAGGCACCGAACAAAUUCAACCGUCCAAGCAUCCGCGUCUUAAAUCAAUUGGUAUUCGUGGGGAGCGAGUGAAAAGUAUUUCCUCAAGUACAUUGGCGGGCCUGAAAAGCAGUGAUUUGAUCAUAAAAUUACAAAAUACCUCCUUGACGUCAUUACCACCCGCUCUGCUAUUUCCAGUACCACGGUCCAGUCACCUUACCCUAGAUAUAGAAGGUUCAAAAGUGUCUGUUUUGUUGCCACAGUUUCUGAACGCAUUAGAAGAUCGACGUACAAAUUUGAAAUUGAUGGGUCUCGCCUCGAAUCCUAUUAACUGCGAUUGCAAUGCUCGAGCUUUACGACGAUGGUUACCAACGUCGCAUAUGCCCGCAAUAGUCUGUCAGUCUCCGUCAUAUUUAGCAGGAAAAAAACUGAUAGAAAUCGGUGACGACGAGCUUACUUGCGACCCACGAAAAAUGACUUCAACUACAAGUCGUACCACUGUAUUAAAAUCAUCUUCACGUUUGAUAACACGUCCGGCAAUAACAACAACAACAGAAGAGCCGCCGAUGAUUAUAUGGAGUAUGGAACCCACGCAAAUACCUCAUAUGAAAAUCAAAACCAAAGCUAAACCGCCCAUCAUGACCAAUGAUGACACAUUAAUUAUUGGCAUUGUAGGUGGCGUUGUAGCUUUUAUAGCCAUUUUGAUUAUUAUCAUCUGCAUUGUACGUCUGCGGAUGAGUACAAUUGAAUAUCAUAAUGGACCUGCUAUGAUUGGAAUACCGCCGUUACCUAUGGGACCCGGCAGUGUGCCGAUAAGUUAUAAAAGUACACCCGCAGCAGCAGCAGCGGCUGCCGCUGCCCUUUACGCCGUACCUCCUUAUGCUCAAAAUUACGCUACAUUACCGCAUAAACCGCCGUCCAUACAUCAGUCCACUCAAAGCCUAUCAGCACGACAAGUGCAACAGCAACAACACCAACAACUACAGCAGCAGCAGCAACAACACCAGCAACAACAGCAACACCAGCAACAACAGCAGCAGCAACAACAAGCCACCUAUUCAUCUAGAAUGUCGUACUUUGGAGGAUCAUCUCCUCAGCAUCAGCAAACUAGUUCAAGUUUGUCCAAUAAUCAGCCAUAUAUCAUAUAUUCCGACGAUAAAGCCUACAGAUAAAUAGUGAGCGAUAGGUAACUGCAUCGCAACGAUGUAGAGGGAGUUUUUAAAAUUUAAGAUUAAGGUAACGCGCGCGUGCUUUUCUUUAAACAAUUAUACACUCAGUCAGUCAGUUAGUCAAGUUACGUAACAUUUACGUUUGACAUAAAUACCGUUAAUUUAUAGCACGAAGUAAGAGUUACAUUAAAUCGGUAACCAAUAAAAUUCUUAGUAUCAAUAAAGACAAACCGUAGUCGCUUGUAUAUAAUUUAAAUUUGUAAGAAACGCGUAUCUUCAUCCAUUACAUUUAAGAUGCGAGGAUCAAAUCAAUUUAAAAUACAUUGCUUUUUUCAUAUAACUUAAGUGAAAAAUUUUAUAAAACAUAAUAAGAAAAUUCAACUAAGUGUUAUUUGCACAAUGUCUAGAAGAUUAAGAACAUAGAAUAAUUUUAAAUUAACCAGAAUAAUAAAUGUAAAAUGUAUAAAAUAGACUCAACCCAUUGAAAACCUGGUGGCAUUUGCAUCAUCUAUAAAUUCUGAAAUCUUCUUCUUAUACAAAAUUUAAAGUUUAACUUUUUCCUAUAAUAAUUUCAGGCUGGUUCCCAAUUUGUCUGGCAUUAUAUUUUCUAAUGUCAUGCUGUUAUUUUUACUUCAAAGUCUACGCCUCAAGGAAGGCAGAAAGUACACCGCAUCGCUAAAAUCCCAUAAAUUUAAUGUCUCAUACGCCGGUUGGUCGCCCUCGACAAUACUGUGAGGGUGCUUCAAUAGAACAUGGAGUGCGAUUUCUACUUCUUGUUGUUUUUUUUAGCAAUUCUGUAAGCGAUCAACGGAUUGCAAAAAAUUGACAGAGACAAAAACGGCCACGUGUAGAUAUACCCAAUUUGCUGCGAACGUAAUCGACCCCAGUAAAAUUUUAAUGCCUGAUGUGCAAUUUGACGUACUUAGGGGUUAACGUAUUGCAACAAUGAGUUAUAGUACUGAAUUGCAAGUACGUAAGGUGUAUUUGGAUAGAGAAUUUUCUACAGAUGACACUAGUAACAA